CAUUAACGUGGAACCAGUGCUUCAGCGCCGCUCCUUUAAGAACUUACUGAGCAACUCAGAGAUGGAAGGAGUCUAUGAAAAUAUGAGGGCGAUCAAAUCUGACCAGUGCAGACCCCUGCCUCCUCAGACAGCUCCUCAGGGCUCAAAGACAGGUUUAUAUGGAGCUCUGGUCUUUCUGGGGCUGGUCUGUGCUUCCUUAUUGAGUGGAGUCAUCAUCCUUGGUGUCUACUAUACUAAGUCAAUACAUGGCUCCGCUGCAGAACUGUCGUCUGUCAAAGCCGACCUGACUGAACGUCUCCAGACCAGUCAUGACCAAAUAUCCACCCUGACGGAGGAGAGAGACCGGCUCAAUGCCAGGCUCAUCAGAGUGACACAGGAGCUGGAGAGGCUCCAGAAUCUGUCCAGAACAAGUGGACCAUGUCUUGCAGGAUGGAAGCUGUUUAGGGACAGUUGUUACCUGUUUUCAAGUGAGACAGGAUACUGGGAAACAGCCAGACAGGACUGCAGAAACAGAGGAGCAGAUCUGGUGAUCAUAAACAGUGAAGAUGAACAGAACUUCAUCUCAAGGUUCAAGCAGAACUCUUGGAUUGGUUUGAGCGAUGUGGAUGAGGAGGGAACCUGGAAAUGGGUUGAUGGAUCUCCACUUACUCUGUCGUUCUGGUCUCGAGGGCAGCCGGACAACGGUGAAGACCCAUCAUAUAUGAUCAAAGAGGACUGUGCACAUAUUUAUGCAAGUUCAGGCAAAUGGAAUGAUCAUUUUUGCACUUACGGUUUCCACUGGAUCUGUGAGAAAGUGUCUGACUGUGCACCUGAAUCGUAAACACUGGUCUGAGCUUAUCAUCACCUCAUCAACAAAAGUUCCAGGAGUCAUACUGUACAUGGGGUGUUUCUAAAGGUCAAGGAUUCAUUUACAUAAAGAUAGGUCAUUGAAAAUUUUUCAAGGAAGCUCCCUUGGAUCCUCGGUGCUGUUUAAACUCCCACACUGCUCUGAAAUCCCACCAAAGAACAGCCGAUACAUUCUUUAACUAAAUUAGGUGCACUUCUUACACUUAUUAGGUAAACCCUAGUUUAUUUCCAGUAUAUGGCAGAUUUCAUGCAUCGAAACAAUCUAUUGUGCUUCAAAAUAAAUAAAUAAAUGGAACAUUCAGAGGAAGGUAAAAUCACAAAAAAUAGACAUAUUAUGAAAAUAAAUAAGAAAAUAAAAAUCAUAAUAUAGUUAAAAGAAUAAAAACAUUAACAUCUUUCAGCAAAAUGACAAUUAAGUAGAAGUUUAAUCAUAAAUACCUGAAAAUAGAAAAUUGUUAUUGAUAUUGUUUCAUGUUUGACUUUAUGUUUGUAUUAGUUUUCUACUAAAUUCCACUGUCAUUUGUCAAUGCAACACAGAUUUGGGAGAUGGGACUUUUUCUGCUCUUGCCAGAUUAUUUCAUUCAAGAGUGUAUUGAUCAGAUCUGGUCCUUGAAUGAAGGAGGCAAAAUGAUCUGGGAUGUUUGUGCCUUACUGUAUAGACUGCAACACUGUCAUCUGAACAUCUGGUGUGGUAUAUACAGCUUGUAAUGUGAUAUUGAAAAUCAAAGCAUCUCUUGUGCAACUAAAACUGCCUUUUUUAUGAUUCUAUUCAGUUCAAAAGCAUUUGAUUAGCGUUAUAGCAUUUUACAUGCUGUGGCGGCUGCUCGUCUUUCAGAGAGGGGAAGCUCAUCGUCGGCUUACAUAAAAAAAAAAAACAGUCAUGUUAUUUAAACAUAAA